AAAAUAAACAACUUUGAAAACCAAAACUAAUUACUUUAAUUUCAAACAUUUAGAAAAUUAUAAGUAUGUUGUCUCCAUCUACUGAGCUCGAUAUGAACAAGGCAUCAAAAUCUAACGAAAAGAAUAAAAGAAAGCGCUACUUACUUGAUGAUUAAAUAAUUGUCCUUCAAUUUUAAACCUGCAGGCCUUCAUUUUGCUAUAAGAAUACAACCUGAUUGAUAUGUCAAACAUAAAAAAAAUGGAGACUACCGUUGGCCGUCACCGGAGAGUAAUUAUGUUUCCGUUACCAUAUCAAGGCCACGUAAACCCGAUGUUUCAGCUUGCUAAUCUUCUCUACUCUAAAGGCUUCAGUAUCACCAUCUUUCACACCAACUUCAACAAGCCCAAAACCUCCAACUACCCUCACUUCACUUUCAGAUUCAUCCUCGACAACGAUCCACACGAUGAACGCUACGCCAAUUUACCGCUGCAAGGCAUGGGGGCGUUUUCUCGAAUUUUCUUAUUCAAUAAAUGCGGGGCGGAUCAAUUACGCCACCAACUGGAACUGGAACUGUCGGCGAAAGAUGAACCACCUGUGUCGUGUUUAAUCACUGAUGCCUCUUGGCACUUCACGCAAUCAGUCGCUGAUAGCCUUAACCUCCCUCGGCUCGUUUUGAGGACAAGUAGCCUGUUCUGUUUUCUUAUUUAUGCUUCAAUACCCCUUCUUGAUGAUCUGGGUUACUUCAAUCUUUCCGACAACACCGCUACACCUCUUCUUGAUGGUCUUGGUUAUAACAAUGUUCCUGACGACGAACGUCUGGAAGAACAAGUGGCGGAGUUUCCUGUGUUGAAAGUGAAAGACGUCAUAAAGAUCGGGUUCAAGAAAGACAACGACGGCAUGGGAGACAUAAUCAGUAACAUGGUGAAACAGACGAAAGCAUCUUCCGGAGUCAUCUGGAACUCCUUCAAGGAACUGGAACAGCUUCAGCUCGAAACCAUUCGUCGGGACAUUCCCGCACCAUGUUUUCUGAUACCAUUCGCGAAGCAUUUUACAACUGCAUCCAGCAGCUUACUAGACCAAGAUCGAUCCUUUUUCCCUUGGUUAGACCAACAACCACGUAAUUCCGUAGUUUAUAUUAGUUUUGGUAGUGUUGCUCAAGUGGAGGAGAAACAUUUUAUGGAAAUGGUUCAUGGGUUGGUGGAUAGUAAGCAGUCGUUUUUAUGGGUGGUUCGACCUGGGUUCGUUAGCGGUUCAACAUGGCUUGAGCCAGUGCCUGAUGGGUUCCCAGGUGAGAGGGGGCGGAUUGUGAAAUGGGCUCCUCAGCAAGAAGUGCUAGGACAUGAAGCAAUCGGUGCGUUUUGGACACAUAGUGGAUGGAACUCGACGGUUGAAAGUGUUUGUGAAGGUGUUCCUAUGAUUUGUUCGCCUUUUUGGGGAGAUCAACCGUUGGAUGCGAGAUACGUGAGCGAUGCCUGGAAGGUUGGGGUGUAUUUGGAGAACGGGUGGAAAAGAGAAGAGAUAACAAAUGCGAUAAGAAGAGUGAUGGCGGAUGAAGAAAUGAGAGAAAGGUCAAGAGCUUUGAAACAAAAAUUGGAUGCUUCGAUGAUCGAAGGUGGCUCUUCGUAUGAAUCAGUGGAGUCUCUAGUUGAUUAUAUAUCUUCAUUCUAACUUCUAGCAAUUUUGUAAAUAACGUGCAAAUAAGAAGGCGAAUUAGGGGACGGGAGACUAAUUUUGUGAAUUGGUUUCUAUAUCAGGAGACAAAAUUAGAAUCUCUUGCUCUAAUCAUACUAUUCUUUAGGAUAUUUUGUCAGUGGGUGAAAAAAGGUUCAUUAAAACAA